AUGGCGAAUGUGAUCAUUAAGAAACAAUUAAGAUCUGUGAGUUUACCUCCAAGUUCGCAUCCAAGCACGAGUGAGAUCGAAGAAGCUCUUAAUAAGAUGAACACGGUUUACACCACCACCACAGGUUCAUCCGAAUCGAUCCUGUUGGGCUUGGCGGGUUUGGAGCAACUCUACAAUUGCACGGAGGGCUUUCUGAAAAUGGCCUCGACGCAACGUGUGAUGUCGUCUGAUAGGUCGGAGUACAUGGAGGAAAUGCUCGAUCGUUCGUUGAGGCUAAUGGAUAUAUGCAGUGUCUCGAGAGAUCUCAUGGUGGAGGCUCACGAGCAUGUUCGUGUUGUUCAGUCUUGUGUUAGAAGAAAGAAAAUAGUCGGAGGAAGAGGUGAUCAACUCGAUGUCUCUGUCUCGGGCUAUGUCCGAUUUAGAAAGAACAUGAGAAAAGAAGCUAAGAAGCUUCUUGGAGCUUUGAAGAAAAUCGAUGGUGGGUCAAGUUCAUAUGGUAAAGAUCAUGAAGAUGACCAUCUUGUGGCAGUUAUAGAUGCAAUGAGACGAGUAGUUUCGGUUAGUGUCGUGGUGUUGAAGUCAUUCUUGGAUUUCUUGUCCGGACGACAAAGUAACAUAAAGAGCAAGUUGGCUUCGGUACUAAAGAAAAAGAAGGAUAAUCAUCAUGAAGAGACAAAGAACGAGUUGGAGAUAUUGGAUUCCUCGAUUUGCGAAGAUUUUUGCUCACAAGAUGAUCUACAAAAGCAGCUGUGGGAGGUCGAAGUGAGCAUCGGUGGGUUCGAGAAGAAUCUAGAAGGGCUGUUUCGAGGGUUGAUAAGAACACGAGCCUCUCUUCUCAACAUUAUCUCUCAUUAG